AUGAGGAGGCAGCCUGGGACCUCAAAGGGGGAGCAGGUGAUGGCAGCCAUGCUCCUGACAGCCUGGCCCCAGAAGUCGGUGACCUUCGAGGAUGUGGCUGUGUACUUCACCCAGACGGAAUGGGAUGGCCUGUCCCCUGCACAGAGGGCCCUGUACAGGGAUGUGAUGCUGGAGAAUUAUGGGAAUGUGGCCUCCUUGGGAUUUUCUCUUCUCAAACCUGCUGUGAUCUCACAACUAGAGGGAGCAGGUGAGCUGGGGGGCCCAUCUCCACUGGUGGAUGGAACAGAAACAGGCCCCCAGGGCCUCUGGACUGAGAAACAGCAGGAAGUCCAUUUAGUAGGAAGCAUAAAGAAAGAAAACUGCGGCGUCAUUGACGGAAUAGUGAAAGACGACAGCAGCCCUGGGGCGGAGUAUUUCUUUAGUCAGAGUCCAAACUUGGGUCAGUGUUACACCGUCAGCACUGGAGAGCAGCACCCUGAACUUAUAGGAUUGGAGAGAGCCUUCAGCUUUGACACAAAACUUAUUCAGCAUGAAAUAAUUAAUUCGGGGGAAAGACCUUUUAAAUGUCAAGAAUUAGUGGAAACCUUCAGGUGUAACCCUCAGCAUCAAGAUGGCUGCACUGGGGAGAAGCCCUAUCAGUGUAAGGAGUGUGGCAAAGCCUUUAGCAUUAAUGCAAAAUUAAUUUGGCAUCAGAGACUUCACAGUGGGGAGAAACCCUUCAAAUGUGUGGAGUGCGGGAAAAGCUUCAGUUCCAGUUCCCAUUAUAUCACCCAUCAGAGCAUCCACAGCGGGGAGAAGCCCUAUCAGUGUAAGGUGUGUGGCAAAGCCUUCAGCGUCAACGGGAGUCUAAGUCGGCAUCAGAGAAUCCAUACGGGAGAGAAGCCCUAUCAGUGCAAGGAGUGUGGAAGUGGCUUUAGCUGCAGUUCUGCAUACAUCACACACCAGAGAGUCCACACUGGAGAGAAGCCUUACGAAUGCAGUGACUGUGGGAAAGCUUUCAAUGUUAAUGCAAAAUUGAUUCAACAUCAGAGAAUCCACACUGGAGAGAAACCUUACGAGUGUAAUGAGUGUGGGAAAGGCUUCAGGUGCAGCUCCCAGCUGCGGCAGCAUCAGAGCAUUCACACCGGGGAGAAGCCCUAUCAGUGUAAGGAGUGCGGGAAAGCUUUCAGUAAUAAUGCAAAACUCGUCCAGCAUCAAAGAAUCCACACAGGUGAGAAACCCUAUGAGUGUACCGACUGUGGAAAAGCCUUUAGUGUCAAAGGGAAGUUAAUCCAGCACCAGAGAAUCCACACGGGGGAGAAACCCUAUGGGUGUAACGAAUGUGGGAAAGCCUUCAGCUGUAGUUCUGACUAUAUUGUACAUCAGAGGAUCCAUACUGGAGAGAAACCCUUUCAGUGUAAGGAGUGUGGAAAAGCCUUCCAUGUUAAUGCCCAUUUAAUUCGGCAUCAGAGAAGCCACACUGGGGAGAAACCCUUUAGAUGUGUGGAGUGUGGCAAAGGGUUUAGCUAUAGUUCUGACUGUAUUAUACAUCAGACUGUCCAUACUUGGAAGAAACCCUUUGUGUGUAAUGUGUGUGGGAAAGCCUUCAGGUUUAGCUUCCAACUUAGUCAGCAUCAAAGUGUCCAUAGUGAAGGAAAAUCGUAAUGAGAAGG